UAGAUACGUAUGUUUAAUUGGUACGUACCGGUAUUAUGACCCCUGCCGGUACGGUUCUCGGAGAGAACGAACCGUGAGCGUAAGUCCACCUUUGUAGUACGAAACCGUACGUGCGUACGGUACGUAUUUUACUCAUACUACUACUAGGAACCAUAAGUCGUCGUAGUAGUACUUUACUACGUACUCGUUCCUAGCGAACGUGUCUUGUACGUAUCUGUUUGAGACCCAUGCGUGCAGUUGGACUCGACUGUUAUUUUACUUAUGGAACAUUCACACGUCAUCACCACUCACUGCUCACCAAUUUACAAAUUUACAAAAUUUCUCAGAAGAGCAAGAUUCGAGGUGUUUCGUCCCUUUCCUCCCUUUUCUUUCCGUAACGAUACGGAUAUUCCGAUCACAAGGUACGCUCCGCCAGCGAUGAAGUAAUCUGAUCGGUCACUUGCAGACGACAUUGUAUCUCCCAUUCGUACUUGUGAUAGUCUAUCAUAUUACAGUACAAACGCAGCAGCAGCGAWCAGUCUGUGCAGUAGGGAACAACUCAAGAGCCUGUGCCUUCUAAACGCGACAUAGCAAAAACAAACGCUACAGGCAAAACAAAUUUUCAGAUUUCCAGAAUAGAAAAACAAGAACACAAAAUAAGCGACCACAACCGACACAGAGCACAACAAAGUAUAACCUAAGGAAAUACAAAACAACACAACCAAAUGCGUUGCGUUUUUCCUUUGGCAAGAGGGAAUCGUCGUUUUCAUCUCCAAGGSUUCGUUCUGGCGACCGCCAUCGCAACGAKAGGCUUUCGUSUACCGACAGCGUCAUCUUURUCCUUCUUUGUGCCACCAACAGGCACGUCAUCARCAYUUACGGAAACUAUGGCCGGAAYGAAAAAUGUCGUUGCUAUUGAGCGCGAAGCUUCCGUGACUCCGACGACCUCAAAGGAUUUUCUUCUGUCGAAUCCGUCGGGGGCCUAYACGACCGCACGAACGUGUGCGGGCGGAACCCGAAUCUUUGAGUGGGAAGCACAUGUAGAGCGAACGGCUUCAUCAUUUGCAUCGAUGGCUGGGGAAGAGGACCAUGCAGAUGAWCCAGCACCGAGCCUGGCGGAUCCCGUACUGCUGAGGCGACGGCUCGAUGCUUCUGUAGAAGAGGCUGUCCGAUUGUAUAAGGAGGUCCACGGCAACGACAGCGGACAUGAAUUGAAAAUUACGGCGCUGGUUGGAUGGAACAAGAAAAGCCCCGCAACCCAGACAAAGGGCGAUAAAGAYAGCGAUGCUUCUGGCAUCGAAAACAAGAACACCGAGGGCAACGGCCACGGAACAGAGGACCGGGUCGCGUGCCAUGUGACGAGCCUUCCGGCUCUCCCGAAGCCCCCAGUGCGGGUCGAGGUCCGCGGAUCCCCGAGGGAMAACGCUCUCGCUAAGAAUUCGGCGUGGGUCUCGGAUCGGGCGCCCCUGGAAGCCCUCAUGGCCGAAGCCGAAACGACUGUAGGACAGAUCAAUGAACUCCUCCUGACCACCRACAACGGCGGUGAAAUUCUGGAGGGAUCCCAGACCAACUUUUACGCCCUGAUCGAUGGGAAACUCCAUACGGCYGGCGAGGGAAUCCUGGAAGGGACYGUCCGACGGCUCGUGCUGGACGUGUGUCGGGCCGAGGGAAUCCCGGUGGUUCUGCGCCCCCCCCGCCUGGACGACCUGGAAUCGUGGGGAGGGGCGCUGCUGUCAUCAACCUCGCGGUUGGCUCUGCCAAUCGAUGAAUUGUACAUCCCGACCGAGGGGUGUCCCAGCGGAAAAGAAGAUCUCAAACGAACCUUCGACAACACCGCAGACCAAAGCCUCGCGAUGAGAAUACAGGCCCUCGUUUCCGCGGAAGUAGAAGCGAGGAGUACCCCCAUUGGCAGUGGAGAGCCCGUUCCGUUGUAAAGAUCAAGAGUGGAUCGAUUGAUUGACGCGUUUGUGUUUAGGCACUGUUACAAAACGCAACGAACAACUCGUAGAACUCGUGCAAGCAAUGAAAGUUUCCAACGGAAAUCAACACAGCAUAUUACU